UUCAUUGACGUUGCAGGUUUAGUAGCUCAAUAGUUAGUACUUCACAAGUUUAUUCAAUUUCCUUAAUUCUGUACAUAAAGCAAAGAGACAUUUUUUUAAGUUGCGUUGAAGUUUUGAAUUGUUCACAAUCACACGGUUGAUUGAAGAAAUUCGAAAAACGCUUCAUUUUCUAAUAAAAUUAGACGCUGCACCACUCUAUUCACACACACAGCAACUCACCGCCGCCCGAUGCCAAACGUAGCUAAAUAACACAAUCUCAUUCCAAUAGUCAAAGCUUACGCUAGAUUAUUUAACAUCAAGCAUAUCACGGCAGUUUUCGUGAGGAGCUGAUACGGAGCAGACGCUCUUCUGUUUGAGAUGGAUCGCUGGAAUGGAAAAGUUGCUGUUGUGACGGGAGCUAGCUCAGGAAUCGGUGCCGCCACGGCGCAGGCUCUGGUAAAGGCUGGAAUGAUCGUAGUCGGCUUGGCCCGUCGAGUGGAACGAGUCGAAGCCUUGAAGGAGGAACUGGACGAAUCGUUUCGUGCUCGUUUGAAUGCCAUUAAAUGUGAUGUCACCAAAGAGGAAGAUAUACUUGAAGUUUUUAAACUAGUUGAGGAGAGGUUCGGCGGAGUCGAUGUUCUUGUUAACAAUGCCGGUGUUACCCGAAGGACCGCCUUGCUGACAUCUGGAAAUACUGAGCAACUGCGAGAGGUUUUGGAUACCAACCUGAUGGGGUUGGUCCUUUGUAGUCGCGAGGCCUUCCAAUCAAUGAAGAAACGCUCCGUUGAUGGUCACAUUGUGCAUAUAAAUAGCAUCCUUGGGCACCAUUUAAUUAACUUGCCGAAUUUGAACAUCUACCCGGCGUCCAAAUUUGGCGUCACGGCUGUAACGGAAACGAUGCGCCAGGAAUUACGAACGGAAGGAACGAAAAUCAAGGUUACGAGCAUCAGCCCGGGUCUGGUGAGGACCGAGAUGCUUCCAGAGGACAUGGCGAAAGUUGUUCCAGCACUAGAAGCGGAGGAUAUAGCGAAUGCGGUUCUGUAUGUUCUUGGAACGCCACCGCGUGUGCAAGUUCAUGAGCUAACAAUUAAGCCAGUGGGCGAAAACUUUUAAUUUGUUGAAAAUAUAUAAUUAUUCUUAAACAGAAAA